AUGACGUCCGAUGACGGAAACAUCAAAGCUCAGAAACACAACCCCACCCUCCAGGCCCGAACCAGCUCGCGACGAUCGGAUCAGGGUCACAGGGGAAUCACGACGGCCUAUCCUAGCCCGCCACCUACCACGACAUUGCCGUCGGGUGCCAUGUUACCAGAGGUUUUGGGCCCUAGCGGAGGCAUAGGGGAGACCGCCGCUUGGAGGUUGAUCUAUGGGCUGCACCAGAGUAGAGAUCGCUUCAGCUAUGAUGGAGGACCUGAUGAAGUCGGCGUCCGUAGCACCCGAACACACGAGCUCCGGACUGCCCUCCGCGAUCUCGACAUCCAGAUUCGCACGACAUUUACGAUUCUGCAACUUGACUUGUUGCUUCAAUGGGAGUCAGAACGGGAAGACGACGCGUCUCAAUCAAGUUUUGAAUCGGAAUCAGAUGACGAAUCUCUUCAGGACACCGCUAGCUCAGACCGAGACGAUGCAUCUUCGCAUUCAGGCGUGGAAUCUCGCUGCAUCUCUCCGACCGAGGAGCGUUUCGAUAUACCAAGUCAUGGGCCAUCUCCGUCAGACAACCAAGCAUUGUCGCUUCUUCGAGACUUGUGCUCCCUUCUCGAAGUGCGGGUUAAUCCCCUUCUGAUCCCCAUCCAGCCAGAGGAUAUCGACCAAGCUUCAGGCUAUCCAAGACUGGCGCGUCUCAUUGGAUAUGUUCAAUCACCACAAAUUCAUCCCCAACGUCUGGAAUUCAUUCCGAUCCCGGGAUCUGCAAAUACACCCUUCCUCUUCAACGUUACGGAAGACGGUGCGACCGCGACUGCCUUCGUCGCGCUCUGUGAUCCGGUACAAAAGCCUCCUAGAAAAAGGGCUCGACAGCGAAUGCUAGCAGAAGUCGGUUUUAUGAGGGAUCACUUCUUGUACUUCAACAACUUUGUCAAUAGUCUACAGAUUUCGAUCGGAUCUCUUGACAGCCUCGCUCCGCGGCCAAGUCAGAGCUCCACCUCCACCACAGGGUCGUUCGCCUCGUUCGCGCUGCUCCAAAAGUUUCGGCAGCAAACGACCGCUGCAUUCCGCGCUAUAUUUUCACAAUUCGGAUCAUGCGCUCAUCGCGAAUCGAUAAAGCAGCACAAGAUCCUUCUACAGUUACCUGGUUGGGAGGUCGCUUCCGACUGGAAUCUGCCGGUUCAACUUUUCUUCACUAGUUGCCUACUUGAAGAUUGGCAGCCCGCAAGCAUGUAUUUUCUUCAGUCCGAAAAGAACGAUGCAUACAAAAAGCAAAAGCUCUGCAAGGCCCUAAGUAGUGCCCACGAUAAUGACAGGGACCUUGAGUUCUACGUCUCGGAAGAUUCUGAGAGCACUAAUCCUGGCGAAAUACCAGUUCAUAUCCCUAUUGGUCCAAAGAGAGGUCGGAGAUAUGGCGACAGCUUCCCAGUCGACAACCUCUGUACUCUGAUCAAGCAUGGCUACUUUGCAAGGAACCGCACAAUGGAGUUGUUAUAUAAGGCUGGUGAGAACGCUGCUGUCAUGGGAAUUGACCAGCGCAAGACUCUCGCUGUCAAGCUCGUUCUCGGCAUGAUGCUGUCCAUGGAUUCCGAUUACAUCAUUGGCACCUGGGAUCCAGCACGCAUUCAUUUCUUGAAGCCCAUGGACACGGAACUCACACCAUUUGUCUCAAUCUACGGGAAUGUGGACAGUUUAAGCCGUUGGGGCUGUCCGCCCCUCGCUAAAUUAAACAUCUCUGGCGACUUUGGGGAUGAUGACGACGAGCCGGAUUCGUAUCCCUUGCUGCCGUUCACUCUCUUGGCCAAGGCGCUAUUGCAGAUUGCGUGCGGAGAGCGUCUCAAGGAUCUUAAAAUUUCUUACGCAUCGAGAAAAGCUUUUCUCGGCGGAUGGAAGGAGCUUCGGAGGUUGAUUGAGCUCUAUCUCAAAUCAAAAACCUGCGAAAAUGAUGUGGACCGAGAGACGUUGCCCUUUCUAUAUGCAGCUCUGAAAUGCUUGGAUUUCCAUACAAGGUAUCAGGUGCGCCUUAAGUCGGCGCGGUCAAACCAUCGCAUAGAGAUUGCGUGGCAGCUGGUGUUCGACGACGUCAUCGCUCAGAUUGACAGCAGCUUGAAUUUGGGGGAGUUAAUCCAGCCUGGCACUGAUGCUCUCACCAAGGAAGAAGCCAUUCCCGUCGCAGGUCAAACAGCGGCUGAAGAAUCCUCUGUCCUUAGAAGCGUCGGGGGCAUCACAGCUCAGCCCCAGGUCGCAUUAUUCGAUGGGGAGAAUUCCGUGAAGGACUCAACAGAAGUCCAAAGGGCUACCUUCUUCUUCGAGACACUCGAAGAAUUCCACGCCUCCUAUUCGCGCUUUGUCACUGAUCGUGUCAAGGACGACUCAGGAGGAGAACCACCACGGCGGAUCCGCAUAGCAGUUCUCGAUACUGGAAUCGACUUCCGACAUUCCGGGCUAAUAGAGGCGAAGAAAAAGGGACGCGUGAAGAGGGAAUGGUGCCACAGCUGGGUUGGCGCCGGAACCGACGUAGAAGAUGAGGAUGACGAGUUGCACGGAACGAACUGCGUUUACGUUCUCCACAAAGCAGCGCCUGAGGCAAACAUAUACGUCGAGAAAGUGUUUCGGAGCAACAGCUUUAGGAUCUACCAAGCUGAGAAUAUUGCUAGGGCUAUCAAACAUGCAGUGGAGACAUGGGACGUAGAUAUUAUAUCGAUGUCAUUCGGACUGAGGCCUCCGGUACCUCGGAAAGACGGAAAUCACGCCGAGGAAAAUCUAGCCUUACAGGACUACCAAGAUCUUGUCGACGGUAUCCAAACCGCAAUUCGAAAUGCCUCGGUCCAGUCGCCUCGGAUCAUGUUUGCGGCCGCCUCCAACAACGGCAAGAAUGAAAAGCGUGCGUUCCCGGCGAAGUACGAGCCGUGGGUUAUAUGCGUCCAUGCUUCGGACGGGAAGGGCAGUGAUGGCGGCAUCAAUCCGCCGACGGAGCGUGGUGCUAACUUCAUGACGCUCGGUAUGGGUCUGAAUCUAAUGGAAAGACAGUGGACGCAUGAACAGAAGGGACGGACACCGAUAUACAAGGAGGUAUAUAAAUCUGGUACGUCGUUCGCAACGCCGAUAGCCGCUGGCAUUGCAGCCACAGUCCUCGAUGUCGCUUCCCGAGUGAGCGCGAUCAAGGACCGGGCGAAGGAGAAGCUUAGAAGACCCGAAGAGAUGCAGAAGAUGUUAUGGCUCAUGUCGAGUCCGAAGCACGAUCUCGGCAAUCAAUAUUGCUUUUUGGCUCCGUGGAAUCAUUGGGAGAAGCACUGGCAGGCAAAUGAGACUAAGUCCCGAAUAGCCUGGGACUUAAUCAACGAUCUGUUUGAGGCGUAG